UGUUUCCUGUUGAAAAUGUCUUCGUAAUGUAGAUAAAUGUGAGGGAUUUUCUCCACUGAAAACCGUCUCCUGUCCGCGAAACCACACGUCUCCGCGUCCGAACCGAGCCUGCGCAAUGGAACAAAGUCGGAAUAUCGAGACGUGACAUCGGCACCGUGUGCAUUUCCUCCUCACGGCUUCUUUCAUUUAAUUUAUUAUUAUUACUAUUAAUAUUAUUAUUUCUAUUUUUUUUCUCUUAAUAUUUUAAUGACUUUGGAACGAGUGUUUUCACCGGACAGACGCUGGGAUGUCUAGACAUUUGGGUGAUGUCCUAAAGUGGACCAUGCGCUGUGUUUACCGCGGCCGCGCGCUCGCCCGGCUGCUGCUGCUGCUGUGCGCGUUCGCGUUGACGCCGGUGACGGCGAGGGCGGGGCCGGAGACCCUGUGCGGGGCGGAGCUGGUGGACACGCUGCAGUUUGUGUGCGGGGACCGCGGCUUUUAUUUCAGCAAGCCAACAGGCUACGGCCCCAACUCACGGCGCGCUCACAACCGUGGCAUCGUAGACGAAUGCUGCUUCCAGAGCUGCGAGCUGAAACGACUCGAGAUGUACUGCGCUCCAGUCAAAUCUGGCAAAGCACCCCGAUCGGUACGAGAGCAACGGCACACAGACACGCCCAAAACGCCAAAGAAACCUGUAGCUGGUCACAGCCAUACAUCUUGUAAGAGAGAGAAAAGAAAGAGGAUGAUGAGGGAACGUCAGUUUAUAGCCGCUAAAACGAGGUCCACCAGAAGAACUCAAGCCGGGGGAACACCGGGGGCAGGAACUACCGGAUGUAGUUAGGAGGACAAGUGGAUUUAACGAACAGUGCCAAGAAGAGACACAAGAACUUGUACAACCUUAACCUGGUUGUCAAGAGGAGGGGUUUUACUCUAACAGCAAAAAAAGUAAUAAUAAUAAUAAUAAAAGAAAAGCAAGGAUAAUGGACCAUCUCUAUGUACAUACACCCCUUUCGACUGGCUAUUUUAGAGACAUUGCACCAUUCCAUAUUGGACAGGGGAGGGACAACAUCUGUCCAAACAGCAACAUUAAUAUAGCUGGUAAUAUAAUAGCUGCUGCUACAUAUUAUGGCAGUGGGAAACCUCCUGUAGAAGAGAGAGCCACUGGAAACUUUAAUUGACCCAAACUGUUUCUAUGCACCACUUCCUGAUGGGUGGGAUGGAGGCAGCGGGUCACUGGAGGAGAGGUGAAGGUUUUUAUGUGUCAUGGGUGAAGUGAAUGUUGCAGCGGUCCCUCCCACACACACAAACACACACAAACAAACACUCAGCCAUGCUUUGGCAAUUAAUUCCAGAUUGCUGCAAUCCAGUGCGAAAUGCAAUUCGGGAGAAUUUCAGCACCGUUUCCGAUGAAGCUUAAGUCAAAGACGCUACACAAGCACUGGCGAGGAACGUCUUUCUUUUCAAUUUUGCUUUAUCAGAGCGAGCCAGGAGCCUUUUCAGACAGAAUCCGGUUACAUGAAGGAACGAGAACAUGGCUACAUAGGACGAUCUUAUUUAGUCUUUUUCUUGUUAGUUUGUUUUUCUGCAAAAGUUCUACGAGACUGAAAUCUCUGAGAUUAAGGCGGCUCACGAGAUCGAUGUGUUCAGCUUUACGAAGCAUUGUUGCUUUCGAUUGUAAUAACAACAGACUGCAUGAUUGGUUCAAACAAUUUUUUUUUUUUUAAAUGACCACCAAAGCAUGUACACCACAUACAACAGUAAGUGUUUUCACUGUAUAUUAAAAAAACAAUAAUUAUGACACUACCCACAAACCAAUAUGUUUUGCUAAAUGCAGGGGUGGACAAAUCUGUAGCUUGUUUUCUUUUUUAUAUUCCAUAGUAAUUUUUCCACAAAAGCUCAAUAUUUGGGAUGUAGCUAUGCUUAAAUUUAAUGUGUAUCAUGUGACAACAUUUAUAUUUACAGCAUUUGGCAGAUGCCCCUAUCCAGCGCGACUUCCUAUGAUCUCAGCAGCAUGGUGGUGUUGGGGUUUAAACUUCUAACCUUCCAACCAGAAGUCCAUCAUCUUAAUCACUGAGUUACCACUUAGACAAACUUCAAUGCUGUAACUUUAGCACAAGCUUGCAAAUGCCAAAAUCACCUGCACUACAUACAGUGUUUAACAAGUCAUGUAGCUUUUAUGUUUGUGUAGCAAAAAACAAUUGAACCAAAACCAUUUUAAUUCUCAUCGCUGGUACAUGCUUUUAAAACGCAUUAGUUAGACUAAAAUCUUACACAUGCAAUAUAUAAAUAGGAGGCCCUAGUUUACAUUUGCGGCAUUUGUCCAGAGCGACUAACAAUGAUCUUGUUAAAGGCCAUUCUCAUUGGGAGCUCAGCGGUUAAAAUGGUGGACUGAUCAGAUGGUUUUGAGUUCAAAUCCCUCCACUGCCAACCUUUUGAUCAGUCCACCAUUUUAACCGAUGAGCUCCCACUGAACGUUUACAGUACCACCUGACCUUUCACCGAAGACAAAAAUAAUCUGUUAUUCUUAGUCUAUAUCAAUGCAAUUUAAUGAGCAAGAAACCCACAUUGCAUUUUUUCAAGCAUUACAUCCAUUAAAGUAGGGAUUGGAAAGCUCAUCACAAGCAAACUGAAAGACUUCUACGAUUUGUCCAUCCCUAUAAAAAAAGACCACUUCUCCACCUGGUUCCAUAUGGAUCCCAACAUUCUUCUGGAGCAUUCUUCUAAUCCAAUGGACUGCUUUGGGGAAAAAAAUCCGGACUGUGACAUUUUUUUUUUUUUUUUAUUGAUUCACUUUCCAAAUCCAAGAUUUAACAAUCACACUGUCCUCUGUGUAGCCACUCUCUGUAUUCACUCAUCCAAUUUAUGUUAACCAUCUCAUUUCUUUUUUUUUCUUUACUUUACAGUCAUAUGUGAUGAUGUCUUAUAACAGAACAAUAUAAAAAGAAGUCUACCCACUAUA